AUAUAGUAUGCGCGAGAGACGCGAAUAAACAGCGCUUGAACAAGCGAAUCGAAUAAAAUUUAUCUUGUCGUGUUCUUGUCGGCGAAGCUACAAGUUCAAUCCGAUCUUAUAUUGCAAAUGUUCCUCAAUCAUUUAAUGUAUAAAUAGCAUUUUACAAAUGAGCAUCUAGUCAGUGCGAGUUAACCGUUUGCCACACGAUAUUUAUUUAAUCAUAAAUUUAAUAGCUGUGCUAAGGGGAUCAUGUUUUAAUAAUAUGAAGAGAUUUUUCGUCUUCUUAGUUUUUGUAUAUUUAGAUACUGUAUUGGCUAGUGAACAUCUUCUUCACAAUGUCAUUGAUGAAGUACAAUCCGGUUCUUAUAAAUAUUACAGUUUGACAUACGAUGGCCUUAUCAAAAUUCGACUGACUACCCAGUUGGGGGAUGCAGAUAUUUAUGUUUCUCAAACUACUACCAAACCUACUUAUGAACCAGAUAAUUAUUGUUUGCAAUCUACAACUUGUGGAGAAGACGUUGUCUAUAUACCACAUAGCUUUGUAAGACCAGUGAGUAUUGGCGUGUAUGGUCAUCCGUCUUAUGAUACGAGUCGAUAUACUCUCUUGGUAUAUCAAGUAACAAAUCCAUCGGGAAUUUAUUUAGAAUAUCAAAAUUUUCCAGAUGAUAAUUUACCCACUCCAAAAAACCCAAACAUGUUGGAGUACGAAAAUCAAAUGUUUUUGGAAAUACUCCAAGAAGAUGGGCUUGUUAUUGCAGCAAAGGGCCUAGGGCUUGAAACAGUUUUCAUGAAUAUACUUAAAGCUUACUCAGAUCCAGGGCAUCUUGUCCUUGUUCUAGGAACAGAUGAUUUUGAGGAAACUUUUUUCAUCGAACAAUUGAAAAAUCAAGGUGUUAAACACUUACCUAGAGUAGUUUCUGCUCAAAGCCCAGCAGAAGAAAGAGAUAUAAUGUACUUAGAAGGAGGUGUAUUAUUUAUAUCAGGAAGAAUAUUAGUAGUAGAUCUUUUGAAAAAUAGAGUACCUUUAAAUCUACUAAGCGGAAUUCUUGUUUAUAAAGCUCAUUCUAUUUUAACUUCUCAUCAAGAAUCAUUUGCCCUUAGACUAUACAGAAAAGGCAAUAAGACUGGUUUUGUUAAAGCAUUCACGAAUUCAGCAAUUGCAUUUACUGUCGGCAUGUCUCAAGUAGAACAAGUGAUGAAAAGACUAUAUGUUAAAAAAUUAAAUCUAUGGCCUAGGUUUCAUAAAACAGUUAAUACUUGUUUAGCAAAGCACAAAGUACAAGUUUUUGAGUUACACGUUAAACUAACUCCAAAAAUGUUGAGUAUACAGUCAGGACUUUUAGAUGUUAUGAAUUCAAUGGUUCAAGACUUGAAACGAAAUAAUAAAUACCUUGAUUUAGAUGAAUUGACUGUAGAAAAUGCUGUGGCUAAUAAGUUCCAUAAACAAUUACAACUUCAAUUAGAUCCUGUUUGGGACCAAUUAAGUUAUAAGAGCAAACAGCUAAUAUCAGAUUUAAAAACUCAGAGAUCUUUACUGAUGUGCUUAACUCAUGAUGAUUCCGUUUCAUUUUACGCGAUGUUAAAUAGUCUCCGAACUAUGGAAUAUGCAAUGAGAAGUAGUGGAUGGACCAUGUUAGAUGUCGUUGACGAUAUGUUCAAAAAUGCUAAAUUACGAGUCUUUGCUGAGAAUGGAGAUCUAAAACCGGAACCUAAUCCAAAGUGGACCGCUUUGUCUGAAAUACUGCUAGAAAUUGAAACAGACAGUGCAAAAAAUAAAAAAAAUAAAAUCGUUCCAAAAAUACUUAUAUUAACGAGGGAUGGUAAAACUUGUCGUCAAUUGAACAACUAUCUGACUAUGGGAUCGAAAGAAUAUUUAUUAUACGAAGCGAUGAAAAAAUUGAAGCCAGAUAAAAUUCAAGCGGCAAAAAAACCUGAAAUGAAAAAAAAAGAGACUUCAAAAAAUGCGGAAUCUAGUUGUGAAGCAGAAUCUAUCGAAAAUUCAGAAGAAGAACGAGAAAGCUACGUGUUGACCAUGACACAAAAAGCUGUCGAUGAAGAGGACGAGGACAAUGAAAAAAGCAACAGCUCUGAUGGAAAAAUUAAUUCCAGUCAAUGUUUUGAAGAGUGCUCGAAGCUUGAAGAUUUAGAUUCAACAACUUUGUCGGCAACUCAACCUCUUCUAGUUAUCGAAUCAAUGAAGAGAAACGGGGAUUCCAUGUCUUUGCACAAACGUCUCGAUGAAAUGUCACCAAAUUAUGUUGUAUUAUAUGCGGCCGAUAUUUCUGCUGUACGACAACUGGAAGUUUAUCAAAAUAAAAAUCCAUCUAUUCCUCUCAAGGUUUAUUUUUUAAUUUAUGGUGGUUCAGUUGAAGAGCAAGCCUAUCUUACUUCUUUGCGAAGAGAAAAAGAAGCUUUUGAAAAACUUGUUAUGGCCAAAACUACCAUGGUAAUAUCAGCAGAACAAGAUGGAAAGAGUGAAGAAACAACUUCAACUGACCACGCUAUAGAAGAAGAAUCGAAUAGUAGCACAAGAAAAGGGGGAUUGAAAGAAGAUCAACCAGAGGUUGUUAAUAAAAUUAUUGUUGAUAUGCGAGAAUUUAGAAGUGAACUUCCUUCAAUGCUUCAUCAACGUGGUAUGGAAGUUGAACCGGUUACAAUAACUAUAGGAGAUUACAUCUUGUCUCCAGAUAUUUGCGUAGAAAGAAAAAGUAUCGCGGAUUUAAUUGGAUCUCUUAAUUCCGGAAGAUUGUAUAACCAGGCUGUUGCAAUGACCAGGUACUAUGCAAAGCCCAUGCUGCUGAUUGAAUUUGAUCAGAAUAAACCAUUUGGUCUGCAGGGUAAUUAUUAUAUUAGUAGAGGUAUGAGGAGCCUCGAUAUAACUAAUAAACUGCAACUGCUUACAAUGCACUUUCCAAGAUUGAAGUUAGUAUGGUCGCCUAGUCCGACCGCUACUGCCCAACUUUUCGAGGAAUUGAAGCAAGGAAGACCACAGCCAGAUGCAGCUAAAGCAGCACAAGUUGGAACUGAAGACGAUAUUGAUGAUGAAAAUACAAUGGCUGAAAAAUAUAAUGUUCACAUUCAAGAUUUAAUAGCAAAGUUGCCAGGUGUACAUUCAAAAAAUUUACGUGCGAUUCUUAACAAGGGCAUAUCAUUGGAUCAUUUGCUGACUCUUUCAAAGAGCGAGCUCAGUGAAAUAAUAAGCAAUUCAAGUGAUGCUGAUUUAUUAUAUAAUGCUUUACAUUCAAAAACUAAAGCCCCUAAUGAUGGUUCGUCUGCCAGUGGGAUCAAACCCAACACUUCAAAAGUGAAAAAAAGAGGUCUAUUUUUCAAGAAGAGAGGAAAAUAAAUUUGCUGCUAGAACUAUAGUAAAAGUGAAAGUUAAUAGUUUAAAAUUGUUUAAUUCUUCAAUUUAUAAAAAUUACAUUAUAUAAAUAAAAUUCAUAAAAUUAUA